UUGCGUCUGUUUCCUUCAACCUGCACUGACUCCCCACACACUGACACACUGAGCGGCCCGCAAUGGAGCGAAUGUUCGAGAUUUCAGCGCUUUAACGCUUAUUAAUGAAUUAAAAGAGAACGCAGACAAGCCGUGCACGGUAUCGGGGGCGGGUUUGACCUCAUAAUUUAUGUUUUUGUGAAAAUUGUGUGCAGGAAAUUUUAAGAAGAGAGCGAGCGAGAGAGACAGAGAGACCUGCAACAUAUUAAUGGCAGACACAGAGGAAGUGUUUUAAAAUCAUACACACAGGUCCAUGCACAUUGUGUUCAAAUAACUCCAAAUUAGUACCCAGGGGAGUCUGAGCACCAUCAUCUGGGCCUCCACACAUCUGGAACACAUCUGCAUUUACACUUUAUUUAUUUCUUUAUUUAUUCAGUAAUUUAUCGCUGAGCGAGAGGCCAUGCGGCGGGUCACGGCACCAUGGGUGAUCCGGUUCAUCGUGGCGGCGAUAUCAAUACUGGCAGACCGGUACCGGGCCGAGGGCGAUGUGGCGAAUCUGGCUGAGCAUGUGAUCUGGGCGGUGAACGCAGGAGGAGACGCUCACACUGACACACAUGGUAUUCAUUACAAAAAAGACCCACUGGAAGGCAAAGUGGGAAAAGCAUCAGAUUAUGGGAUGCGGUUGCCGAUCCUGCGCUCGAGUCCAGAGGAUCAGGUGCUGUAUCAGACGGAGCGCUAUAACGAGGACACGUUUGGGUACGAGGUUCCGAUGCGGGACGAGGGAGAGUACAUCCUGGUGAUGAAGUUCGCCGAGGUGUAUUUCGCCCAAUCACAGCAGAAAGUGUUUGAUGUGAGGGUGAAUGGUCAUGUGGUGGUGAAGGGUUUGGAUAUUUUUGACCGUGUUGGUCACAGCACAGCUCAUGAUGAGGUCAUCCCGUUUACUAUAAAAAGGGGGAAGCUCAGUAUUCUGGGGGAGGUCUCCACCUUCAAUGGCAAACUCAACAUCGAGUUUAUAAAGGGUUACUACGAUAACCCGAAGGUGUGUGCGCUGUACGUGAUGAAAGGGAAACCCGAAGACGUGCCGAAGCUACAGCCUCACCCCGGCCUGGAGAAGACUGAGGAAGAUGAAGAAGAGGAAGAGGACCUUGAAGGGGGGGAUGGGACGGGGAAGAAGUUCACACCCCAGUCUCCAAAACCCCAGGUCCGGUCCGGGCCGAGAACGCCGAACCCAUACGCAGCUGAUAACAGCAGCCUGAUGUUCCCGAUCCUCGUGGCCUUCGGAGUGUUCAUCCCUACACUGUUCUGCCUCUGCCGCCUGUGAGAGAGGGGGGAGGGGGGGAGGGAGGGGGAGGGACUGAAUCAUCUAGUCAAACAGGAAGUGACAGGGGUGGGACAGUGUCUCAUACGGCUUUGUGAUUGGAGAAGAGAGUCGUGCCGGUGAGAUUUAGAUUUAAAGGAACAGUUCAGCGCAGUGUUCCCUUUUUUCAUGCGAGGUUCUCUGCUUUAGUUUUGCACUGGAGCUUCAGCGCUAAAAAGUCACGCUUCUGGCCACCAGUUUAGUGCGUUGCACUCAGCCUGAGAGUGAAAGGAAAUCUCUUUUUAUAUAAUUAACACCCACAGUGCUAAUCUGGUAGCUACAGGUUCCCGUUACUUGUUAGCUACGUUAGCCUCCAGUGUAAAAGUAUCUGAGCUCCAGCGUAUUAUUCGUCAGCUAUGCAAUCGUUAAACCAGCGGGAAACACGCAGCAUCCAGUGUUUGGUUUUUUGUUUUGUUACACCAUUUUGAUCAUGACAGGGCUGGAUAACCCUUACACACUUUUACACAAUGUCACACAGCUCUUCCUUUAUUUAGCCCACCUUUUAUUUCGUUUAUUGUUUCUUCGAUUUGGUUUCUUUAGUUUUUAGUGAAUAAAAAUGCAGCAACUGAAUCCCUCAUGUUCCCUAAUGGAAGUGUAGUGCACUACAUAGUGGACAGAAACUAAACCUUAGUGUGUGUGUGUGUGUGUGUGUGUGUACUGGGAUUUCUGAGAUGAACUCCAACUUAUUGCUUUAUGCCCUGUCUGGUGCGCCUACAUAGAGCUGUAUCCAAAUUGAACUGUAUUGAACAUUUAGUGCACUGCAUAAGGUAUGGUGUAUUUACACUUAAAGCCAACGUAGCAACAUUUUAUUUAAAUAAAAUUAGUGCACUAGCUAGGGAGGGUGUAGAGGGUAAAUUAUUAUGUAGUGCACUAUCCCUAUUUAAAUUCACUACAUAGGGUUAUGUCUGGGAUUAUACUCCCUUGGUAGUGCACUACAUGUCCAGUGAGGAGCUGUUUGGGAUUUAGCCCCCGUUCCUCAUAUCAGUCCACUACCCAGUGGUUUUGUGCACUAUGUGUAAAGUACAGUGCCGAGUUUCCCAAAAGCAUCAUAGCACAAAGAUCAUCGUUAAAUGGUAGAGCGAGCAGCACAAUGAACACACUCUCUCCUAGUUAAGAUGCUCUUAAUGUUAAGAGGCUUUUGGGAAACCCACUGCAGAUCAGUUUGGAUUUAGCGCUCUGCUCUCUGUAUGUCCAGUCGCUCGCUCUCUCUCUCUCACACUCACACACACACACACCCUGACCCGCUGGUGAACAGACUCCACACCUCAAGUUUAUGAUUUGUUUACGUUGUGUUUCUGUUACCACCCUGGUGGUCAAAUGUCGCUGCACCAUCCAUCGUAUUAAAGAAACAGUUCUGAUAAAAUGCUAAUGCUGCUAACCCUGUAACUGAAAGUGAAUAGCCACCGGUUAGCAUUUUGCAUACGGAGUUGUUGUGGUCUAAUUGGUGGCUGCCUGCUUCCAAUUAUUGCUGGGCGCUUUAACGUUUUUGUUUUUUCUCUGUCUGUUUUCUGCAUUUUUGACAAUUUUGGCUUUUUGCUCCUAAUUGUACGACGCCUCAUUUUUAUUAUUUUUUUCCCCUCUGCUCAUGUUUUUUUUUUGGACAUCAGAAAGGAAUCGCGUGAAGCACCUUUUAUCAUUACAGAAGCGAUAAUCAGCACCAAAGUGAACUUGUACGCUGUGUGUGUGUGUGUGUAUGGUACGGAGUCACACUGAUUAGCGUGUGCCAUAUGGUUAAUUAAUUAUAUUGUGCUUGUUAUUGUAGCUCAUGGUUUUUUAUUGGUUUUAUUAUUUUGCUGUUUAAUCGUGGAGACGAGACCUCGCUGCUGUCAGAUACAGCGAGAAGGGGCUGAGUGUGGACUGCAGGCUGGUGGGUGUGGCUUGGGUGGGGUAUGUGGGUGUGGAUUUAAUCAUAUAUGAAUUAUAUAUCAACUCGCUGGAUGAGUAAUUAUAAUUUAAAAAAGUAGUAUGUGUGAAAAUACCAGAAUGCUGAUGAUGUUCUGUGUACUACUUAAACAUUUACACAUAAGGACUGAGACACUUCAAUAUAUGGACUUGGCCACACCCGUCUUACCAUGUAUGGCUCUUGUGCGUCACACUUCCAUAUAUAGGCACAGACACACCCACAGUUUCCUCUAUGGACUUAGACACACCCUUAUUUCCAUAUAAAGCUCAGGCAUGCCUGAAUUUCCAUAUGUGGACUGAAACACGCCCACAUGUCCUAUACGGACUCAGACAAACUCACAUUUACAUAUACUGAGACGCAGACACGCCCACAUUUAUAUAGACACUCCUGGAUUUCCACACAUGGAUUCACAUGCCCACAUAUCCACAGAUGGAAGUGGACACACCUGCGUUUCCAUAUAUGGAUUGGGACACGCCCUCUCAGCCUGUUAAAAGGUGCUGCAGUGAAACAGAGGCUCGUUACAGGAUCGGGGGUUUUCUUUUCUGUAUAUUUUAUAAUUUAAUUAUUUGAUUGAGUUUUUGUCGUGUUUUUAGUCAUAGUCGCUUUUUCUCCUCAGGAUUUCUGAUUUGAUUUUGAUUGUUUGAAUGGAUUUUUAUUGGUGAACUUUUUUGCACUGCCUGCUGUUUAUAAUUUUAAGAGCCUUUCCUCUUUGCUUGUCGUCUGUUGCCAUUUUGAUUCGAUGCCUUUGUUUUCAAUGCCUUGAAAUUUAUUUUUUAAUUUUGAUUUUUUUUAAAUACAUUCUUCAGUGAUUUACCAUCUCGUGAGUCAUGAUCAGUUUCUUUUGCACGGUUCUUUAAUGUUUCUUCAGUUCCCAAACACACAGCCAUCGACGCGGCCAAAGACGCUGCUGCCUUCACACUGAUGCUAACUGAUUGCGUGCGUGUGUAUAAAGAGAGAGACAGACAGACAGACAGACAGACACAUAGAGCGUGUGUGUUGGACUAGCGCUCCUCCGGUGGACCCCUGUCCCUCUCUCAGCCACCUGAACACAGGACGCUCCGCAGGCUUUUAGGGAAAUGAAACACGCACAAACUGCAGACUGUGUGCUGUUUCUUUUUAAUAAAUGUGCUAUUUUAUCUA